AUGAACACAGAUUAUAGUGGAAUUCAUAAUUUAAAUAAUAACAAUGAUGGGACAAACAAUGACUGUGGAAACAUAAAACCAUUUAAAAGUUCUUUUAUUAUUAAAGCAAAUUCAAUAACAGGAAAACCAACAAAAGACCUUGAGUUCAAUAAUAUUGAAAUGUCUCAAUCACGAAUCAGUGAUGUAAAAAAAGCAAUUCAAAGAUUUCACUCUCUUCAUCCAAAAAUUUCUUGUAUUGAAAUUAGAAAAGAUGAUGACCCUAAUCAAAUCCCUAUUGAUGACAAUACUUAUUUAUAUACUCUUGGUGAUUUUGAAUACCUUUAUGCUACAUUUACAACUCCUUUAAGUAUUAAUGAAAAUCUUUCAUUACUCAUUCAUGUUAGGUGCUUAAAAAAAAUUGUUACAAUUCAUUUCACUUUUGAUCGUCAACACAGCUCCAAAUUUAAACCUUUACUUACUUUCUUUUUAUCAUUAUAUCCCUAUUGGAAUCCUUAUGACCCUCAACACAAUACUAUUAUUGAUGAAACAGAAACCAAUAAAACAGAACAACAAAACCAUCAAGAAAUGGAUCCCAACGCUCGUGCUAUAAAUGAAAAUAAUGAGAAUGAAGUUAAUGAUAUUGUUAAUGACAGUGAUAAUGAAAUUAGUGGUGUUGUUAAUAGAAGUAAUAAUGAAAUUAAUGGUAUGGACAAUAAUUUUAUAGUUGACAAUGAAGGUAAUAAUCAAGAACAAGAAAAAACUGAUAAUCAGUUUGUAGCUCAAAAUUAA